UGAACUUAGUUGCCCUUGACACUUCCUGAAUGAAAUCAAUUUGACCACAGCGGAAAGGAGACCUGAGAGGAGUGAAUGCUCAAAAGGAAAAAAGAAGGGACAGCCAAUGUAAAUUGGAUUUUUCAAAUGGGCUGGUGCGGACAGCGUGUUAGUUUGGUGCUUUCUUUCUGUGAGUGCCAGCGGCCAAGAGGAGCAAGUAACAUCGUAAACGACCAAAUACUCGUUUUACCAGGGUCGGACACUCGGAAACAAGUGAAACAAGUACAUUCACACAGCAGCAGCAGCAGCAAACUGCGUAGAAGCUGUAAACAACAUUGAAAGUGUCUGCAGCUGUAAACACCUGCCCCGGAUAAAUGAGAGACUUCAUUGAGGAUACUGUUCGUACCUGUUGAGCCAAAGUGGAUCUGGAGACUCGUGAAAACACAAAUGUUGACCUGUCUGCCACCGUAGAGAAAGGAGGGAGACCAGAGAGGAAAGAAGCAGAAAAAAUUUGAACAAGGGAAGUGUACGUGAACGACAGAGAGAGAGAGUGUGCUACCAUUGGAGAGAGAGAGGGAGAGCGAGCUGCGCUGCAGUAACAUCCCACAGCAGACAGCGGAGAACUGCCGGUGUGUAUGUGUGUGUGACUGCACUGCUGAAGAGGAGAAGGAGGGAGAAGGUGGGCACACUUGCAGACUCUGCAGCGGCAGCGCUAGUGUUGGCCCGCACCGGGUAGAAGUCCCACAGACCACCGCUGUAGGAUCUGGACACGUCAACACCGCCCAGGCCCCUGUUCCCAAAAUCAUGGCACAAGCGGCCAAACAUCUUCGUAAGAACAAGGAUUUAGAAGCCCAGGCAGAGCAGGAGCGCAAAGAGGAGGAGGAGCAGAAGGUCAAAAAGAGGAGUCGCUCACGGGAUAAAAAGCGAAAGGCCCACGCCGUGCAUCGCUGGCUAAUCGAUCAGGACAGUAGUGUGAGCUCUGAGAUGCCGGAUGGCCAAGGAGUAUGGCACUAUGAUGAUGAAACAGAUGUUGGCAACAGUUUUCUCAGAGCGGCCCGUUCUGGCAACCUGGACAAGGCCCUGGAACAUAUCAAAAAUGGCAUCGAUAUAAAUACAGCCAAUCAGAAUGGGCUCAACGGGCUGCAUCUGGCCUCAAAAGAAGGCCACGUCAAAAUGGUGCUGGAGCUUCUACACAAUGGAAUCGUACUGGAGACCACCACGAAGAAAGGGAACACGGCCCUGCACAUCGCAGCCCUGGCCGGCCAGGAACAGGUGGUCACAGAGCUGGUUAACUAUGGGGCCAAUGUCAACGCUCAGUCCCAGAAGGGUUUCACUCCACUCUACAUGGCUGCACAAGAAAACCAUCUAGAGGUUGUGAAGUUUCUUCUGGAGAAUGGAGCCAAUCAAAGCAUUCCAACUGAGGAUGGAUUUACUCCUCUUGCCGUAGCUCUUCAGCAGGGACACGAAAAUGUCGUAGCCUUGCUCAUCAACUAUGGCACCAAGGGAAAGGUCCGCCUCCCUGCAUUGCACAUUGCAGCACGCAAUGAUGACACACGCACAGCCGCGGUGCUUCUACAGAACGACCCCAAUCCGGAUGUACUCAGCAAGACUGGAUUUACACCCCUUCACAUUGCUGCACACUAUGAAAACUUGAACGUGGCUCAACUGCUGCUCAACAGAGGAGCCAAUGUCAACUUCACCCCAAAGAAUGGCAUCACUCCUGUGCACAUUGCAUCCAGACGAGGGAAUGUGAUCAUGGUCCGACUCCUGCUGGACAGAGGGGCACAGAUUGAUGCCAAGACCAAGGAUGAGCUGACUCCUCUACACUGCGCAGCCAGAAAUGGUCAUGUCAGGAUUAUAGAGAUCCUGCUGGACCAUGGAGCACCCAUCCAGGCAAAGACUAAGAAUGGGCUGUCUCCAAUCCACAUGGCAGCGCAGGGGGACCACAUGGACUGUGUCAAGCAGCUUCUGCAGUACAGUGCAGAGAUUGAUGACAUCACUCUGGACCACCUUACCCCUCUGCAUGUAGCGGCACACUGCGGCCACCACCGCAUGGCCAAAGUACUGCUGGACAAAGGGGCCAAACCCAACUCUCGGGCACUGAAUGGCUUCACUCCUUUGCAUAUUGCUUGUAAAAAGAACCAUAAGCAGAAACGCUCGGCAUCAUUAGAGGCUGUGACCGAGUCUGGCCUGACUCCUUUGCAUGUAGCAUCAUUUAUGGGCCAUCUCAACAUUGUGAAGAGCCUGCUACAGCAAGGAGCUUCCCCCAGCGCCUCCAAUGUGAAAGUAGAAACUCCUCUCCAUAUGGCAUCUCGGGCAGGACACCAUGAGGUGACAGAGUUUUUAUUGCAGAAUGGAGCACCGGUGGACGCUAAGGCCAAGGAUGACCAAACACCCCUCCACUGCGCUGCUCGGAUGGGCCACAAGGAGCUUGUGAAGCUGCUGCUGGAGCACAAGGCAAACCCCAACUCUACCACCACAGCAGGCCACACACCUCUACACAUCGCUGCCCGGGAGGGUCAUGUACAAACUGUACGCAUCCUACUGGACAUGGAUGCUCAGCAGACCAAGAUGACCAAGAAAGGCUUCACUCCACUGCAUGUGGCUGCCAAGUAUGGCAAGCUGGAUGUAGCAGAGCUGUUGUUGGAAAGAGGAGCCAACCCUAAUGCAGCAGGAAAGAAUGGUCUGACCCCGCUGCAUGUUGCUGUACAUCACAACAACUUGGAUAUUGUUAAUUUACUUGUCAGCAAGGGAGGCUCACCACAUAGUGCAGCCAGGAAUGGCUACACUGCCCUCCACAUAGCAUCCAAGCAGAACCAGGUGGAGGUGGCUAACAGCCUGCUGCAGUAUGGAGCUUCAGCCAAUGCUGAGUCACUGCAGGGAGUCACACCUCUCCACCUGGCCUCACAGGAAGGAAGGCCCGACAUGGUCUCCCUGCUCAUCUCCAAACAGGCCAAUGUCAAUCUUGGCAACAAGAGUGGAUUAACCCCCCUCCAUCUGGUGGCACAGGAAGGACAUGUUGGCAUUGCUGAUAUCUUGGUGAAGCAGGGAGCCUCAGUCUAUGCUGCCACACGGAUGGGUUACACCCCUCUGCAUGUAGCGUGUCACUAUGGCAACAUCAAGAUGGUGAAGUUCCUCCUGCAGCAACAGGCCAAUGUUAACAGCAAAACAAGGCUUGGUUACACUCCUCUGCACCAGGCAGCCCAGCAGGGACACACAGACAUUGUGACACUGUUACUGAAGCAUGGAGCCCAGCCCAACGAGACCACUACAAAUGGUACUUCAGCCCUGGCUAUUGCUAAGAGGUUGGGAUACAUCUCUGUGAUUGAUGUCCUUAAGCUUGUCACUGAGGAGACGGUUUCCAUGACGACUACAGAGAAACAUCGUAUGAGUUUCCCAGAAACAGUAGAUGAGAUACUAGACGUGUCUGAAGAUGAAGGAAUUGCACAGCUAACAUUAGGAGAGGAGCUCUUGGGGACAGAAGGGGCCAGGUACUUGAAGAUGGAUGGCAUGAAAGACCAUGAUGACGAUUUCCUCUCCCCCAAGAAAUCACUGGAGUACGAGAGAGGGCUGGGCACAGCGAAUUACUCACCAGCCAUUCCCAGGAUACCUCGUGUCUCUCCAGAGACCAUCAUGCUGAAAGAGCACGAGAUAGAUCAGCAGCACACUCCACUUCCACUGCCCAAAGAAUAUGAUGAGGACUCACUGAUUCCGAGCAGUCCAGCAACUGAGACAUCUGAUAAUGUCAGCCCAGUUGCAAGUCCCAUACACACAGGGUUCUUGGUCAGUUUUAUGGUGGAUGCUCGUGGUGGCUCAAUGCGAGGCAGCAGGCACAAUGGUCUGCGUGUCAUCAUACCUCCACGGACCUGUGCGGCCCCCACCCGCAUCACCUGCCGCUUGGUGAAGCCGCAGAAACUGACAAGCCCCCCUCCACUGGUGGAGGGAGAAGGGCUGGCCAGCAGAAUCAUCUCUCUGGGUCCAGCUGGCAUGCAGUUCCUGGGACCGGUGAUAGUGGAGAUCCCUCACUUUGCUGCUCUGGGUCAUGGUGACCGGGAGCUUGUGGUGCUGAGGAGUGAGAACGGCUCCGUCUGGAAAGAACAUCGCAAUCGCUAUGGUGAUGAAGUGCUGGAAACAAUCCUCAAUGGGAUGGAUGAGGACUUAGAAAGUCAAGAGGAACUCUGUAAGAAGCGAAUCCACCGCAUCAUCUCUACAGACUUCCCCCUUUAUUUUGCUGUUGUUUCCCGCGUCCAGCAAGAGAGUGACCUCGUCGGUCCAGAGGGAGGUUCGCUGAUGAGUAAACUGGUGCCCAUGGUCCAGGCAACGUUUCCUGAAACAGCAGUUACCAAACGAGUCCGCCUGGGGCUGCAGGCUCAGCCAGUUUCAGAUGAGCUGGUUGCAAAACUUCUGGGUAACCAAGCAAACUUUAGCCCUGUGGUCACUGUGGAGCCUCGACGGCGCAAGUUUCACCGACCCAUCGGCCUCCGUAUCCCCCUGCCCCCGUCCUGGAGGGAGAGCCCCCGAGACUCUGGGGAGGGCGACACCACCAGUCUACGUCUGCUUUGCUCUGUCAUAGGUGGCACAGCCCCAGCCCAAUGGGAGGACAUUACUGGCACCACCAAGCUCAUCUAUACUAAUGACUGUGCCAGUUUUACAACCAAUGUUUCAGCACGAUUCUGGCUUGCAGACUGUCCCCGGACAGCUGAGGCCGUCUCUUUUGCCAACCUGCUCUACAGAGAACUAUCAGCUGUUCCCUACAUGGCCAAGUUUGUGGUGUUUGCAAAGAUGAAUGAGCUGCGCGAGGGCCGCCUGCGCUGCUACUGCAUGACGGACGAUAAGAUGGAUAAAACCCUGGAGCAACAUGAGAACUUCACAGAGGUGGCACGCAGCAGAGACAUAGAGGUGAUGGAGGGAAUGCCACUUCACCUGGAGUGUUCAGGGAAUCUUGUACCAGUGAGGAAGGCCACCCAACAGCCUCGCUGCUUCAGCUUCCAGGCCUUCAGAGAUAACAGACUUCCUGUAUCUGUUAAGGUAAGAGACGGUAGCAAAGAGCCCACUGGAUUUCUGUCUUUCUUACGCAAGUCCACCAAGUAUGAGGACAGCCAACACGUGCUCUGUAACCUCAACAUUACUAUGCCUCCAUGUAUCAAGAUUGUUGGGAGUGAAGACCGGAGGCGAACUCUGACUCCACUGGCUUUAAGAGAAAGAUACAGCGCCCUAAAUGAACCUGCAAUGGCAUCGAUGAGUGCCAUGGAGAGGACUGAGCUGAAGAUGGCAGUGAUUGCUGAACAGCUGGGACUGAGCUGGGCUGAGUUGGCACGCGAGCUUCAGCUCAGUGUGGAUGACAUCAAUAAGAUCCGUGUGGAGAAUCCAAACUCCCUGCUGGACCAGAGCUCGGCACUGCUCAAUCUGUGGGCAACACGUGAGGGCAAGAGGGCCAAGAUGGAGAGCUUAUUCACAGCUCUGAAGAGCAUUGACCGCAUCGACAUCGUGAACAUGUUGGAGGGCCAGCCGCCUCAGACUGCAAGACAAGGCUCCCAUGACCUCAGCAGACAACGAAACAACAAGAGAGACCACCUCUCCCCUGGUAUGACCAAUGGUUACGGGCUUGCGCAGGAAGAGCUUCUCUCACCGGCCUCUAUGCAGUACAGCCUGCCCUCUCCGCUGGGCGCUGAACCUUACUGGCAGGAAGUCUCCAGUCUGGACUGUGCACCUAUUGCCACCACAGAAGAAGACACCCUCAUGGAGAUGUCUGAUGUGCAGGUGUGGCCCUUAGGUAACAGCCCCUCCCUGGUGCCUGUGGAGGACUCCUCAUUAGAGUGCAGCAAUGCUGAUGAUUCUGAAGGUCUGCUUGGGCUGCCAUUUGGAAGUUUGGGUCGGCCGGCCAGUCAAGCCAGUGGAACCAGCGGAGGGGGUGGGGUGCUGAGUGGCUCCACUGAGCUACCCGAAGACGAUUCAGAGAUGGGCAUUGAUUCGCUCAGCACUGCCACGCCAGCCUCCCUUGGGGGCACCAUUGCUGGGAUCAAUCUUAACUGUCUGAACAAUGGUCAGGGGUCAAAGGCAAGUUCGGAGGUGUCAGCAUUCACCAGUACAACUGGUGGUGAUGGAGAUGGAGGAGGAGGAGGAGGAGGAGGAGGGACAGGCUCAGAGGAAGGGCUUUCUCUUGUUGCAGGACAGCAACAGCAAAGGAUUUAUGCUCGACUGAGUGAGUCGCCUGGUCGGGGCUGUGCUGCAGAUCGGAAUGGAGACAGGUCCAGUAACAGUGGAAAUGGAAGUGGUGGAGGCUCUUUCCUUUCCUACCUGCAGGAACAGACAGGUCCAGGGUGGAUCCCUGUCACUGAUCCUACUCAGGCCUGGGUGAGCAGUCAACCUAAAUCCAGGCAGGCAGUGGACUCCAUGAUGUCAUCAGUACAUAAUGCUGUGGAUGGAGACCAGUCCCGCAUGUCCCCAGAAGCCUUGCUUCAGCCUGUGAGGGACAUGGGCCAUUCAGAGAUCUUCCUGGGGCACUUCAGAGGUACACAGCCAUUUGAGAAGGGUUUGGGCUUCCCACAUAGGGUCCCAGAGCUGAGGGCCUGGGACGGCAUGCACCUGAAGGGCCAGGAAAAUGAGGCUGAAGAUCUUCCCGGGGAGCAUGUAAGCGAGGAACAGUUCACAGAUGAACAUGGCAACAUUGUCACGAAAAAGAUUGUGCGUAAGAUUGUGCGUAGAGGGAAGGGUUCAGGUGAGGAGGGUGUUCAGGAGCUGAACGCCGAGGGGUCUCUGCAGGAUGCUAACGAGCAGGAACUUGAUGCUGAGCAGUUCACGAGCUACGCCAUCCUGGGCCGGGACAGCGGCAAGGAUUCAGCCCCUUCACCAAAACCAUCCUACAUGGACACAUGACCAGCAGCAUCUGACAGGAGGAAGAACACACAUUAAUGAGCAGACAGACAGAAAUGAAAGGCAACAAACAGCAACUCAGUGACAGCCACAGCGGCUAUGCCGACCAUCAGCACGUACCAGAAGAGAAGGACGAGGAUCUACUUGUAGUUUUAUUACCUUUUUUAAGAAAUCACGGGGAAAACAUCUACUACUAGGCUAGAAGCAUGAUUUCAUAUAAAACAAAAAAGAAACGCAAACAAAAAAGGAAAAAAAAACUAGCAACCAAAACGUGCUUCCUGCUAUCUGUAUAAGCAUGAGUGACUGCUGCCGCAUGGUCUGUCUUUAACUUCAAAUAUUGAGGGAAUACAGGGGUGGGGAGUUGGGGGGGGAGAUAGGGAGGAGGCACUGCUGUAUGGGACAGGCAUGCAAUGUAGGUAAUGGUCAAUCACUGGUCUGUUGUUUAAACCAACAGGUAAACAUGUAUCAAACUUAAGAAAAAGCAAGACUAAAAUAAUGAGAAUUACAUAAUCUCUAGGCAACAGGUUACUCCCCUCCCCUGUCACACUCUUCCAGCUAAGACCAUCCCAGACUAGUUUUAAACCUGUCCCAGUGCUCUCAAAGUCCAGUAAAGCUGCAACUAUUACCCAAGGAUAUCGGUGUUGUACAUAAUAUCGUAUGCACUAAAAUGCUGUAUGUGACAGUGUGUUGUUUAUGUUGUAAGAUCCCUAUGCUAAGAUCCCCACUGAUGCUGCUGUUUCAGGUACAUAAGUAAUUCCUCCCUGUUUUUCUCAUUUGGUUUGUUUGGUUUGAACCUAUAUAUUAUUCUAUAUAUCUUGGGUUCUUUGUGGGUACAAGAACAUACAAAUGUUGUCUCACUCUUUUUGUUUUAAAUGUCAGAUUUAUAUGUGUCAGGAUGUUUCUUUGUGCUUUUCUUGUCCUGUCACUUUUUCCUUUUGCCAUGCCAAACCUUUGAGGGAAGAUGUAGCAUAAUUGAUUGUAUUGUGGGUUUGUGUGCAUUGUAAAGAGGGUUUCUGUAGUGAACCCUGAUCUUUUAUCGUGGAGAGGGUGACAGUGAGAUAUAUGAUGAGUGACAAAUUCUCAUGAGAGAUUAACCUAGUCUGCCAUGCCACUCUACACUCAUGUCCCCAGUGUGCUGUAUCCUUGUGAGGUUUGUAUUAAUCAGAUGUGUGUCUGAGCCAAAAUCCCAAUGCCUCUAUUCACCCUCAAUUUUGCCCUUAUUGCCCUACCUCCACCUUUCACCCCCUCGCCUCUCCAAUCAGCCUCUUAGAGUAGAUGUAGCAGUCCUGCCCACCACCAGCAGGGGGCAGGAUCCCACCUUCAGCAAGUAGCAGUAUCUGGUUGACCUCAUCGUGCAGUAUCCGAUACCCAUGAGGUGCACUUGCAGACCAUCUUCCCACUACCAGAAGAUGUCACUUUAUGAGGGUAAAGUAGCUGAAAUGCUGGUAACAAUGUAGCACUGGUCUGACUGGGUAAAAGACUAAGAGUCAGCUGGAGAAAGUGUUGUGUCCAGGGUCGAGGACGUGUUGAGCUUUGAUGUUUGUCUCCUUGGCAAUUCUUUGGAGUGUAGCCCAGACAGUCACCAAUCACUGUGAUGAGAAACUGUAAUACUGACCCGUAACUGUGAGCCCGACCCUUCCUGGAGCGUGUCUCUUGUUUCACUCCUUUUUUUUUUUCAUGAUUUAUUGUAUUAAUUGUACUGAAGCAAUAACCGCUUACAAAAGGAAAGGACUGUGUAUGAGUGUGUCUGAGUGUGACAGAGAGAGAGGAUUUUAGGAUCAUGUUCUUCCGAAGCUCUGGCUUUUGGUCUGUUCAUAACCACAUAGGCUGCUCCUUACUACACUCAAAAAUGAUGUCAGUACAUUAGUACGUCAUGUUUUUUCACUUUGCUUCAUAAAAAAAAACUAUAACAUGUUAAACUUAAGAUUGGGCAACUAUUGGUGUGACCAACUGUGAGCUGUCUGUAGGUGUAUUCAGUAAUAGUUUUUAAACCUUAAUGACAUUCGUAUGCACCUUGACAGAAAUCCUUCUACAGUAUAUGUGUAUGUGUGUGAGCAUGUGGCUGUGAUUUCAUAUUCAGUCCUGGAUAUUGGGAUAUGUCAGCGUUGUGACAAUAUCACAGGACAUAAUAUUACAAAUGGACGUAGAGCCAGAGGCGCUCAGAUUUUACACAUGAAUUCAAAUUUACAUAUUUUUAAAGUUGAUUUACCUCAUUAAGCGUGCCAUCUUUCAUGAUGUCUACAUGCAUUUCUUUCAAGCAUUAUCUUAGACAUUGAAUACUUCAUUGUGGGAAAAUGUAUAAGUCACAAAAACCUUGCAAUAAGGACCUAUGUGUUUAGGCUUCAUAGUCAGAGAUGAUGAUAAAGUCUUAGUAUGCUGUUAGUUAUUUAGCAGUCAUCUGUGUUGGCUCUGUACGUUAGUAGAUGCUGUUUUAACUCAAUAUCUGCUGUUGAUCCUCAAACAUAUGACUUAAUUCUCAUUUCAUUACAAACAUACAUAGCCUACAAAUCAUAUAAGAUGUUUAAUACAAGAAGCCUCAAAUGGCUUUGUUUUGACAUUUUUACAAAUAUUACUUCAUCAGAUAUGAUUUCUAUUUUAUUAUAUUUUUAAUAGUUACAAAAAGUUAGAUGUCAAUAGAAAUUACACAGCAGUGUAAUGGUGUAUGGUUUGCUCUCUAAGGGCUCAUCAUUAUGGUAUGUUUGGGUUUGUUUUUAAAGCAAGGAUUGUUUUAUAAACCCACUUCUGAUGUCAGGGUUACAGCAGUGGCAGGGUGGGGGGGUCUGAUGAAAAGACAAUAAGGGGUCACAACUUAGAUAGGGAGUUUUGGUGGGGAGGCUUGGUGGCUUCGGUGGCUAGUCUUUCAAGAUGACAAGCAUUUUUCCUCAACACAGCCCACCACUGAUCUAUUUCUACCCCCUUACCACAUAUAAGACUGAGCCAAUUGUGAGGCUUCCACAUGGUGACAAGUCUGAAUGCAGUUUUAAAGGAGUCCAGCUAAGUGCAGCAGAGGGAGGGAGGAGUAGUUGCAUCAGAAAAAUGAACACUGGAAAGCCCUGCACUGAGGGACUACUGAGAUUAUGCCAGGUUCAUGCAAAAAUAUUAACUGUUGCAAAAACUAGAGAACACAUAUUCCUUUAGAAUGGAUUGAAGACAUUAUUAACACAAUAGCAUAUUACUCAGAACUAAGGAAUGCACCUGCACACCUUCCUUGAAUAUGUUUUAACAUAAAAGGCUAUAUAUAAAUAUAUAUGAAAUAUAUAUAUAUAUUUACUUAGAAUGCUAUGCACCGUUACUUGUCAACUGGGAUUCUAGUUAUGUUAUGGAUGUACUUUUAGCAUCAUACAGCUGUAGCUACCAAGAGACUGUUGAGUUCUGGGUAAUGCCUGCAAACUGGGGAUAAACGGGGGUCUUGUGGGUACUUUGACCCAUUUUGUUUUGCCUUCUAAUUCAAUCAAAUCUGAGGACAUCUAUUGACAAUUUACUCUGUACACCAGCUCAACAUUUACAAAAUUAAUAAAGAAAUGAAAUGUCUUU